CCGGUUACAUAGAAGCAGCUGGUGCUGUAUCGAAAGCAGAUACCACGAGCAGAUGCCGAUGGACGAGGUGCUGCCACCAUCGGCCAUUAAGAACCUGGGGAAAUUCAAUUUUAUUUCCGGCAAUCCGUUCGCACCUACAUUGGAUGUGAUAAUUUCAGGGCGGUCACGUUGCCUCUCAUUGUCGGAUGACAAAUCCCACGGACGUGCUUCAGCUUGGCACGAACCGGGUUUGGGAUUAUAUUGGCGACAACUUUGUGUACUAUUUGCUGCGGAACAAAUGGAACGGCAAGCUGCCCCCGACAAUCACCCGGUCAUCUUCUGUCUCGCAGAGGAAAUCACGCAAUUCAAAUUUCCACAGUCCAACAAUCAACAGUUUGGAAAAAGUAGUACAAGCACACGUAGAAAGGAGCAGCACACGUGAUUGCCGGUUCGGAGCUUCAGAGUGCGGAAUCAAUGGGACGGUAGUGAUUCCGGUGGACUCAGUUCCGCCAGCGACGGAUUUGCCGCCAGUAUUAGCGCUAGGAGAUGGAUAGUUUAACGAACCCAAUGGACGAAACCCCGUACCACGGUUUUAACACUUCUGCGCUCCGAAACAUUGUAAUAAAUUGGAUAAACCUUCGUACUUUAUGCGUUCAGGUACAAUUUCCUAC